AACGCACCAGACUCCGGGAGCAGCACUGAUUAAAGAGAGAGCACGGCCAUCUUAGAGCUGCCGUGGUAACCGACACUCAUCUUCUGGAUUUUAUUCUUCUUCUUAGGAAAACACUCCGCCUGACUGACGAAGGCAGAAGAAGGCUCCGUUUGAUUUCGCCGCGGUUAAACUCGAAGUCGGGAUGCGGUUCCGAGAGGAAAAACGAUUUGCAUCCGCUGUCGGACUGGUCCUCGGACUAUUAUGUGCGGUGGAGGCAGCUAAAGUCAAUAAGCACAAACCAUGGAUCGAAACGACGUACCACGGUAUUGUGACGGAAAAUGAUGACAAAGUUAUUCUGGACCCUCCACUAAUUGCACUGGACAAGGAUGCUCCUUUACGCUAUGCUGAGAGUUUUGAGGUGACCCUCACCAAAGAAGGUGAGAUUUGUGGCUUCAGGAUCCAUGGACAGAAUGUCCCCUUCGAGGCAGUGGUUCUGGACAAGUCCACAGGCGAGGGCGUUAUCAGGGCCAAGGACAAGCUGGACUGUGAGCUACAGAAGGAGCACACCUUCACCAUCCAGGCCUACGACUGUGGAGAAGGUCCUGAUGGUGCCAACAUGAAGAAGUCACACAAGGCGACCGUCCACAUCCAGGUCAACGACAUCAACGAGUACUCGCCAGUGUUCAAGGAGAAAACCUACAAAGCCACUGUGAUCGAGGGGAAGAAGUACGACAGCAUCCUGAAAGUGGAGGCUGUGGAUGCAGACUGCUCCUUCCAGUACAGCCAAAUCUGCAACUACGAGAUUGUGACCCCCGACGUCCCGUUCACUAUUGACAAAGACGGCUUCAUCAAGAACACAGAGAAGCUGAGCUACGGAAAAGAGCACAUGUACAAGCUGACCGUGACCGCCUACGACUGUGGAAAGAACCGAGCUUCUGAGGACGUGCUUGUGAAGAUCAGCGUCAAGCCCACCUGCAAACCCAGCUGGCAAGGCUUCAAUAAACGUAUUGAGUAUGAGCCUGGUACAGGUAGCCUGGCCCUGUUUUCCAGCAUGCACUUGGAGACAUGUGACAUGCCCGUCACCUCCAUUCGGGCCAGUAUUGAACUGGAGACCAACCACAUCGGGAAGGGCUGCGACCGCGAUACCUACUCUGAAAAGUCGUUGCACAAGUUGUGUGGAGCCAGCUCUGGUACCAUGGAGCUCCUGCCGACACCAAGCAGCUCUGCCAACUGGACUGUAGGACUGCCCACGGACAACGGGCACGACAGCGACCAGGUGUUUGAGUUCAACGGGACCCAGGCCAUCAAGGUUCCUGACGGUGUGGUGAACACCAACAUGAAGGAGCCUUUCACCAUUUCUGUGUGGAUGAGGCACGGCCCCGGGGCCCACGAGAAGGAGACCAUCCUCUGUAACUCUGACAAAACAGAUAUGAACAGACACCACUACUCGCUCUACGUUCACAACUGCAGGCUGAUCUUCCUCCUGCGCCAGGAUCCGGCUGAGGCUGAGAACUACAAACCAGCAGAGUUUCACUGGAAACUCGACCAGGUGUGUGACAAAGAGUGGCAUCACUAUGUGCUCAACGUGGAGUUCCCCACUGUUUCCCUGUUUGUGGAUGGAUCCACGUUUGAGCCCUUCAUGGUCACGGAGGACUACCCACUGCACGCCUCUAAGAUCGAAACUCAGCUCACAAUUGGUGCCUGCUGGCAAGAAAACUCAGGACAUGACAAUGACACUGAAACAGUCCCUGAGACCGCCUCAGGUGGAAGCGGCCGGAUGGCUCAGUUCUUCAGAGGGAACCUCGCGGGGUUGAUCAUUCGCUCCGGCAAGCUGGAGAACAAGAAAGUGAUCGACUGUUUGUACACCUGCAAAGAAGGGCUGGAUGUGCAGCUGCCUGAGGAGGUAGCGUCAGCUGUCAAGGUUGAGUUCAACCCUAACCAGUCUUCUCUGACUGUGGAAGGCGACGACAUCGAUGCACUUGAUAAAGUCAUGCAGCACAUUUCUUACUUAAACUCCCGUCAGUUCCCGACUCCUGGCAUCAGACACCUUCGCAUCUCCACCUCCGUCAAAUGUUUCAACGAGGACGCCUGUGUGAUGGUGCCAGAUGCUGAAGGUUACGUGAUGGUGCUGCAGCCAGAGGAACCCAAGAUCAGCCUGAGCGGCAUCGACCACUUUGCUCGCAGCGCUGCCGAGUUCGAGAGCCAGGAGGGAGUGACUCUGUUCCCCGAGCUCCGUAUUGUGAGCACCAUCACCCGCGAAGUGGAGGCCGAUGCUGAGUCUGAAGCUACAGACGGCGCAGACGACGAUCCCACUGUCCAAGAGACAGUCGUGUCAGAGGAGAUCAUGCACAAUUUGGACACGUGUGAGGUGACCGUGAUCGGAGACGAGCUGGAUGGCGAUCACGAGAGCCUGGAGGUGGACCAGUCCCAGCUGCAGCAGCGCGCCUUGGAGAUGAGCUCGUCAAACCUGGGCCUCAUCAUCAUCGGUGUGAACACCAUGGCCAACUACGAGCAGGUGCUGCACCUUAUCCGCUACAAGAACUGGCACACCGAGGCUCUCUUUGACAGGAAAUUCAAACUGGUCUGCUCCGAGCUCAACGGUCGCUACAUCAGCAAUGACUUCAAGGUCGAGGUGAAUGUGAUCCAUACGGCUAAUCCUGUAGAGCAGGCUAACGCCGCGGUGCAGCCCAACUUCAUCAACCCUGUCCACCACGCCUCCGUGGAUCUGACUGGACACAACUUGGUCAACGCUCACCAGUCCUCAGUGGUUCCCAGUGCUGCCACUAUUGUCAUUGUGGUAUGUGUCAGCUUCCUGGUGUUCAUGAUCAUCCUGGGUGUGUUCCGUAUCCGAGCUGCACACCAACGCACCAUGAGAGACCAGGAGAGCGGCAAGGAGAACGAGAUGGACUGGGACGACUCGGCCCUGACCAUCACAGUUAACCCCAUGGAGACGUACGAGGACCAGCACAGCAGUGAGGAGGAGGAGGAAGAGGAGGAGGAGAGCGAGGAUGGGGAGGAGGAAGAUGACAUCACAAGCGCUGAGUCAGAGAGCAGCGAAGAUGAGGAGGGCGGGGAACCGGAGGACCAGCAGGGGACCAGCAGACAGCAGCAGCUGGAGUGGGACGACUCCACCCUCACCUACUAAAAACCACACACACACGAGCUUUGAUACUCUCACACACAGCCAAGUCACACUCACCGCUUUACACACCCCUCUGUGCAGUUUCAUAUAGGAGCCAUGAUGUAAAAAACAAGAAAAGAGUAAAAAUUCCUCCAGCGUGUGCAGUCAAGGCUUUCCUGUUGUUAUCUUAGUGGUGGUACUCCGUGUAGUGUGUUCAUCACCAAAUUACUGAUGUUUACUUUUAUUUUAAUUUUAAUUUAUUCUACUUUAAUUCCCUGGAAAACUUGGCCUACAUCUGCUUUGAACUGUGUGAGGAAGCCAACCCUGCACUUUCUGUUUUCUCUCAGACGGCUUUCGGGAGGAGAAUCGGUUUGUUUAUUCUUUGCUUUUAGAUUCAUUUGCAGCUAAAUUCUUUUCCAGCUUUCUUGAAUCGUAGUCCUCAGUGGAGCAAUUUUAACAGUUUCUCUUCAUUACUUUUCCUUGUUUUAGUGCAUGAGGACGCGUCGGGAAGUCUUAUGUGUAGAGAAACAAAUUGCUUUUUAAAAUCUUGUAAAUAUGGGGGAAAGUUAUGUAAUUAAUUAGUCGGUGUGUUAGUAAGGACCCACUGAAUAGGGUCGGAUAUCUAAAAACAGACAUAAUGUAGAAUAUUUGUGUCACACAGGCUAUAGCAUGUUGCUGAAUUUCUGCAGAAGCCGUUCCGUCAUGCUUGUACAUAAGUCUGCCUCGUGAGGAGAAACCCAGGACUGUUACGCGGAGGUUUCCAGGACAGAGUGGUGUCCAUUUUGUCUUUUAUGUUUUGAGUGAAUUCUGUUUUUUGUUUAUUUUUUUCUCGUAGGCAGAACCGCUUGAUGGUUUUUAGUUCCAAUCACGCUUCGCUUUGCUUGCUCAGGCGGCAAUGCUCGACUCCUGGUGUUCAUGUUUUCUUCCCAGUAGAGCUCACUGUUGUACAGAAAGGAUUUUGUUUUUGUUUGAUUUGGGGGGAAAUCAACGUUGGGAGAAAUGCUGAUGUACAAAUCAAUUAUCAAGGCUGUUGGUUUUUAAAUAAAGGUACUAAAAUAUCUGUCAGUGUAAAUGGACGAGCGUAGAUCCACCCUGCAGCUUUAAAGCCCUCCUCUCUCUCUCCCGCUGAGCUGACAGGAGGAGGGAAAAUAAAACUUCUGAAGGUAAAUAAAUCAGGCUGAGGUUCGGUGGAGCUUGGUUGAAUCAUGAACUUGGAAUGAUAAUUGACAAAAAUAGAUUUUUUGUUCCAAACUGAGGUUUUUAACAGUUUUCCUUCUGCAUUUCCUUGUUUUUCAGUGGUUAAAAAUAAAGAAAUGACCCAGCAGCAGGAAAACACUAAAACUGAGCCUUCCCUUAAAUCUAACUCAUAUUUUUGCAGCUGACCACUAGAUCUGAUCCUACACAGAGCUCCACUGUUCCAAGGUAUUCAUUUAAGCAGUUUGUGUCCAACCUGUCUUCUUUCAGACGCCGUUGUCCAUAACUGUUGUAUAUAUGCUUUAAAAAUAACAGCUAAUGAUGACUUCUGCUGUUUUAGUGUUUGACGUAGGUGUGCUGCAUCGAUUAGGGCCGGAUUUGGGGCAUUGCAGUGUGUAGAAAGUGUCAUUAUCAGGAUUAGAGAUGCUGGUUUUAUUUUUGUCAUAUUUUCUGAUUGAAUUUGUCUUCAAGGGAAACUCGGAGCUUCUUUUAAAGGUUUGUGAUGAAAAGGGGCCAGGUCUGAGCCAGCAGAGAUGGGAGUGCCUUUUGCCUAUCAUCGUGUAACGGUCAGGUCUAACAGAAACACUUAACUUAGCUCUCUUUUUAGUUGUUUUUAUUUGAUUUCUCACGUUGCUGAGAUUUUAUUCCUGGGUUUGUAGCCCCGAUAGUCCAACUCUAGUUUUAUUGAAAGUGCAAACAUUCUGCAUAGGUGUCAUGUGUCCUUGUUGAUGUUUAGAGGAAGUAGAUCCAUAUUGUACCUUCUAUAGAUAUCGUACUGAAUCAUAUUGACCCCGUUCACCUUUUAAAGAUGUACAGUACAUUCUGGAUUGCUUUGGCAGCAGACGUAGGCAUUCUGCUAACUGAUCUGUGAAGGGGAGGGUGGCUUUUGAACAGUGUUCAGUCUCCUGAAACUGCUGAGAAAUGGAUUUGAGGGCAGCAUGAAGUUCACAUGAUUACAGAAAUCCCAUUGGCUCAGAAUUUCUCACACUUUCAUCACUUUGUUAUUAAGUCAGUUGAAGUUAAAAUCCAACACAUUUAUUCUGGUGUCCACAGUGACUUCCCACGCCUGCAGUUUAGAGACACCUGCUCUCUGAUCAGACCCUGAGCUGAAUGUAAAAUGGUCAGAUUGACACUACAGGAAGUCAGCUUUGCAUGAGCCACUGGUUUGUGUUUGAUCCAUGUGGGGUUGAGAUUGGGAUCAGAGAGGAGCUGUGUUACACCACUCAUCAGUUUCACACAUCCAUGACACUCCAGAUAGGAUUAUUUUUUGUUUAUUUUCCUUGAAAUUUUUGCUCAAAGGGACAGUGGUGAUGUUUUUCAGAAAGGCUAGGAGCUUCCUUUGUGCUUUGUUGGAGCCGCUCACACUUUUCUACCAGUUCAAAGGUAAAUUGUAGUGAAGUUGAUGCUUUGCUCUUAAACAAAAUAAAGGAUAAAGAGAUGGGAUAUAAA